GUAUAACUUUGGGGAACAUGGGAAGAGGCAGCACAGGGACAAAACUUUUCUAUGUUGACUGUUUUUCUUCUGGACUUCUUCCACCUUUUAUCAGAGAGCUCAGUGUUGACGGAGCGGAGACAGGAGGGAGGAGCAUUUGUUUGCUUUCGUAGCUUAAGAGUUAUUUCUCUGUUUUCGUGUUCAACAGGUAUUAUCUUGUUUUUGUUGCAUUUUCGAAAAAAAAUCGCAUCAUCUCUGUCUGAGCUUUGAAGAAGGGUUCAUCGCACACCUGAAAUCCCUCUGUACAUAGCUGCUGCUCUCUCCAGCUUAUACACAAACACACACACACACAGAGACACACACACACACCUGUUGUUGCUGAGGAUUCCCCAGGAGCGCAGUCAUGGGCAUCUGCGUCACUGUUGUUGCUUGAGGGGAUCUGUGCGUCCGUGCAGCUGUUAUCUGGAGGUGGCCUCCUCGCUGAACGCUGCAGUAGAACCUGCCUGUGCAGGGUCAAGGAGGGGAGAUGUCAUCCUACUACCCACGCACCAAGGACCUGACCCGCACCAGAAAGUCCCUGACGGAGUCUCCGCCGUCCUCUCCGCCCCCUACAGACAAAAACUACAGAGUAAGAACACAUGAAAGACUGUCGAGAUACGACUCCAGUGGAGAGAGUGCGACGGACAGACCACUGGGCCGAACCAGCUCUUACACGCGCAGAGAGACCAGACUGGCCUCGCUGGGUAAAGACCCAGACUCCAGCGCCAAAGACUACAAGAAGAUGUAUGCUGAAGCUCUGCACGAGAACGACCGGCUCAAGUCCAGGUUGAACGACAGCAAACAAGAACUGGUCAAGAUUCGCUCUCAGCUGGAGAAAGUCACUCAGAGGCACGAGAGGAUAUCAGAGAAGUCUACAGCACUUCAAUCGGAGAAAAGGGAAAAACAAGUACUUGAGAAAAGAGUGUCAGACAUGGAGGGGGAGAUAAAGACUUUCCCUGCUCUGGCUCAGGUCCACACCUUGCGGAGGGUGAACGAGUGUCUCCUGGCGGAGAACAGAGCCAUGCUGCGUGUCCUCGCCCGCCUCUCUGAGACGGCCGCCAUGCCGGAGACGGAGGACCUCUGAUCCCCCGACACCGCCUGUCCUCCUUUCCUCCCCCUCCUCUCCCUUCCUCAGCCACCUAACUUCUGCACUCCUCUGUCCUUCUGGUGCCUCUACAGCCCCCUCGUCCUCUGCUGUGUUCCUCUCAGGCAGAUCUUAACAGAGCUCAAGUCAGACAACCAGAGGCUAAAGGAUGAGAACGGGGCGCUCAUCCGAGUCAUCAGCAAACUGUCGAAAUGAAAAGAUAUGUGAGGCUCCAUAUUCUCUGUGUGUGGACGCUCUGACCCUGAAACAGCAGUUUCAUUUCCCCCAGAUAUCACCAGUCGUGACUCCUCUCUGAGUUAUGGUGGAUAAUGGUGAUUGGCCAUCAGGGCUGCAGAAAUAAAUUCCCACUGGCGACUGGUGAAGUUCUGAAAGGUGUUUAGAAGUUUUAAGACGUGUUUCACAAUGUACGGUGGAGUUACAAUCAUUGUUUCUACUUCAUUAGAUAGUGUUGUUUUUUUCAUAUAUUCAUAUUUCACAUUAAUCAAAUAGGGACCAGUCGAACUAGGUUGUUUCAGAACCAGUUGAAACAAGUCCAGGGGUUUGCAUGAAGGAACUGCAUCUAAUAUAAAGUCACGUUUGUUGUCACAUCCUGCACUGCAGAGGUUUUUUAAUGUUGUCUUAUUUAGAAACGGAGAGAGAAACCAAUUAUAUCAUUGAUUUAUUUUUUAAUUUCUCCAGUAAUCAUCUAUUAAAGUGUAUUGAUGCCACGGCAGAAAAAAAACAAUUGAUCAACUUCAAAUUAUAACGAGAAAAGUUCAUUAGAAGAAGAUGUUUUCACCUAAUUACGUAAGAAAAUGUUUCACGCGAUAGAAACAUUUAUCAUGUUUGGUUGAGACACGAUGAGAUUCGGUUGUUAUUGUUUCUUCCUGUGGCAGCAAAACUCUGACGUAUCGAGUCACAUCUGGAUUAAACCUGAAGGAAAUAGUGUGGUUGGAAUUGGAGAAAAAUCUUUAUAUCAAUCAAAUUUGACCAAACGGGGUAAAAUGAACUGACCAAGGAGCUUCUGUUCCAGCAGAUAAUUGAAGUGUCGGUGCUGCAAGAUGCAAUUUCUGCGAUACAACUUCUCUCAAAACUCAAAACGUUGAAGGAUAAAAUCUUUAAUCUGUGAGAAACUGUGUCAGAAAUCCAAACAGCUGAAAUCUUUGGAAUCCUCUGUUUUCACUUCUCACUGAGGUGUUUGAACUGUAAAACGUUCCUUUAGAAACCUGUUAAAACAUCAUUGGCCAUCAUCAUAAUCUGUUAUUUAAACAAGGCUUGUUUUUAAGAAACGUGCCUGAAAUGCACUUUGUACAGAAAUGACAGAGGCAUCACUGGUAUCACCUUCAGGAUAUUAUAUAUGUUGUUUUAGUAUAAUCGAUUAUUUUUCAACCUCUGUGCCGCAGCUGUUUGUGUUUUCAGAAGCUGUUUUUUCAUGUGCUUCUUAGAGGAUCUUUUUAUUUUUGCAUUUUCUGGUUGAAUAAUAAUGAUCACUAAAUCCUCAGAAUGGCUACACAGAAGAAACUGAGUACUAUAUUGUGUUUUGUAACAGAGAUAUAUUUAUUUAUUUAUGUGUCUCUUAGUUUUGAACUUCAUAUGUUGUUUCUGUCGAAGGAUUAAACCCGAUCUGGUUGAGCCGGUGAUGAAAACACUAAGAUCAACAUCAUCCACCGGUAGAUCAUAGACUGCCGACAUUUUAGAUUCCAUAACUCUGUCUAAUAUUCAAUAUCGAGCACAAUCCAAAGCUUUUGGAAUUAAAUGAUUAUUGACUGUUUGAGUUGCCAGAUUAUAAGAUGCAUCAAACUACAACUUAUAUAAUAUAUCAGAACAACGCUGCUUUAAUCACCAACAGCUUUUGUUCUGCUCUGUUUAGAAGCUUGAUUUAAUUGUACUAUUCGAUAUCUGGGCUUCUUCAAUGACUUUGUUUACAUGGACAGCAAUAUAAUAUAUAUAUAAAAACAAUAUAUAUAUAUAUAUAUAUAUACAAUGUACAAUGUAUAUAUAUAUAUAUAUAUAUAUAUAUCAUAAAUAAAUACAAGUCUGAAUAAGACACUGCCUGUUCUUCAACAUGAAUAAGGAUAAACUCGAAAUUAGCAAAAAUCAAAUGAAGACAUGUGAACGUUUCGAUCUCACGCCCUGGGUUUGAAUGUUUCUCUGUUUUAGGUCAUGCUGAAGAUAUGAUUAAUAAUCAGUAAUAAUCAGUCUAUGCUCUGUACCAUAUAAAUGAUAAUAUGAUUGAAAUACUCUAUAAGUAACAUAUAUGUAAACAUCAUGAUUAAAAUGUUUAUCCUGAAUAAGGCCAAUAGUCUGAAUAUUGCUGUUGAAGUUUACAAAGUUAUUGAUCGAUUUAAAAAAUCUGGAUAUUGAAACUGUUUUGAAGUUGUUUCUCAUGGAGCAAAUCAAAUCUUUAUUUAUCUAUGUCACAUCAUCAUUUAAUAUAUCAUUUAAUAUAUCAACCUGGCAGACUUCAUUUUAAUCACUGACAUGAAUGAUUUCUGUGUCUGUCUUCUCUUCACCUGAUGGUUGAACCAGGGUCUCCAGAUGUUUGAUGUUUUCCUUUCACACUGGUGAUGGUUUGUGUAACAUCACUAAUUCCUUUGGUCACAUCCAGUAAACUCAAACUUCAAAAUAAGACACAAUACGUGUCCACUCUUUCUACCUGUGCUGUGUUGAACUCUGAAAAGUUUUGAAAUGUGUUGAUGAUAGUUUAACACGUGAACUCACUUUGCUUAAUAAACCGUUGACGAGA